AUGUCUGCUCCCCAGUUGCUCCGAGCGACCCCCUCUCUUCUCCACACCCCAUCUCCCCCGUCCCAACCCCUCUUCCCCUCUCCCAAAACCCUACCGCCCGCCGGAGGCAGCAGCCACCAACGACAGCGGCAGCGACAGCGCCGCCGGGCCCCGGGUGCCGUGUCCUCGGAGCUGCAGUGGAGCCGCAAGCCGCAACUGGCGGGGGAGACCCCGCGCGUGGUGGUGAUCACCUCCGGCAAGGGUGGCGUGGGGAAGACGACCACCACCGCCAAUGUGGGCCUCUCCCUUGCCCGCCUGGACUUCUCCGUGGUGGUGGUCGACGCCGACGUGGGUCUCCGCAACCUGGACCUCCUCCUCGGCCUAGAGAACCGCGUCAACUACACCGCCGUCGAGGUCCUCAACGGGGACUGCCGCCUCGACCAGGCCCUCGUCCGCGACAAGCGCUGGCCCAACCUGGAGCUCCUCUGCAUCUCCAAGCCCCGCACCAAGCUCCCCCUCGGCUUCGGCGGCAAGGCCCUCACCUGGGUCGUCGACGCCCUCAAGGCCCACCGCGCGCCGGACUUUGUGAUCAUCGACUGCCCCGCAGGCAUCGACGCCGGUUUCAUCACCGCCAUCACGCCGGCGAACGAAGCGGUGCUGGUCACCACGCCCGACAUCACCAGCCUGCGCGACGCGGACCGGGUGACGGGGCUGCUGGAGUGCGACGGCAUCAGGGACAUCAAGAUGGUGGUGAACCGCGUCCGGCUGGACCUCAUCCGCGGGGAGGACAUGAUGUCGGUGGUGGACGUGCAGGAGAUGCUGGGGCUGCCGCUGCUGGGGGUCAUCCCGGAGGACGCAGAGGUCAUCAGGAGUACCAACAGGGGAUUCCCCCUCGUCCUCAACAAGCCCCCCACCAUGGCCGGGCUCGCGUUCGAGCAGGCCGCCUGGAGGCUCGUGGAGCAGGACACCAUGAAGGCCGUCAUGGUGGAGGAGAAGCCCCAGAAGCGGGGCUGGUUCUCCUUCUUCGGCCGCUAG